AUGGAAUCCAUCUUAGGGCAUAAAGUGGUACCAGGACAGUACAUCACGCCCUUGUACAAGACACAUGGUGACGGCGUGCUCCUGUUUAUCAGCGGCAAGGGCACGACGGUGUCCCAAAUCGAGCACAAUGAGAAGGUCGUCCCCAUCAUAGUUUCUACGGUGGUGGGCAUAUUGGUGAGCCAACCUGAUGCAUCUGAUGAAAAUAAGAUCACCGUGUCGGUGCUAAGCUCCAAGUACACUGCCACUGGUGCUAACCCAGACACAAUCGAUAUCUCGCCCGUGACCAACAACCUCCCAAAGGAAAACGACAUUGUGGUUGUUCGAGUCACCAAAUUGAACGUCAAACAGGCGUACUGCGAGAUUUUAUCAGUAGAAAGCCUGGGAAAUGUCAUAGAGGACUCGGGGCUCGGCGUCAACGGCGACAUAGCCCACCAAUCCCUCGGUGCCGGAGGAGGAGCUCAGGCGUUAAACAAUCACUCCACCAUAGCUUCUUCAUUGACAGCAGGCAUCAAUGCCAUGGCUGGAGAACUAGGUGAAUCGUUCAAAGGUGUCAUCCGGUCCCAAGACGUGCGACUGACCGACAGAGACAAGGUGAAGAUCAUCGAGUCGUUCAAGCCCGGUGACAUUGUACGGGCGUUGAUCAUUUCCCUUGGAGAUGGUUCCAACUAUUACCUAAGUACCGCCAGAAACGACUUGGGAGUCAUCUACGCCAAGUCCGAAAACGGUGCGGGCGACUCGAUGUUUCCCAUCGACUGGGAGCAUAUGGUGUGUCCCAAGACGGGAGUGGUGGAGAAGCGCAAGUGUGCAAAGCCAAUCACUUGA